AUGAAGGACAGGUUUCUGUCAGGUGAGAUUAUGGCUGAUGAUUAUGCCCUGAUUGUCACUGGCGUCUUGUUUAUUGUGAUCGGUCAGGUGUCGUCAUCAACAGAGGAGAGACGCCCCGUCCCCGCAUUGAUACAGCCUACAGAAGACGAAGGACAGGUUUCUGUCAGGGAAGAUCGGAGGCAUAUUGCUACGCUUUUCUCGCUGGAUGCGGCAGAGUCUCAGGCGCAGAAAGCUCGUCUUCAGGAGCAGCUCAGGGAAACGAGUCCUUUCCGCCUGACAGAGGUCGGCGGCUCAUCAUCUGCCUCCCAGAGCGACGGAGUGGAGAUCAUCGGCCCCCCUCCUGGCCAGUCAAAGCGUCGUCAGCGAUCUACUCUCUUGGAAACGAUUGUGCGGGAACACGACUGGGAAGCGGAAGAGCAGACUUUCGAAGAGAACAUUCGCAUCUAUCCAGAGCAGCAGGAUCAAGCCCAAGAGCCACAAGCGCCAGAAGCAUCACAGUGGCACUUCUUAGCCAGCGAUGAAGAAGAAGGGGACGGUUCGAAGAGAACAUUCGCAUCUAUCCAGAGCAGCAGGAUCAAGUCCAAGAGCCACAAGCGCCAGAAGCAUCACAGUGGCACUUCUUAG